CACUACAUAUACAUUACAAAGACAUUUACAGAACAAGCCUGAAGCAGUAAAGCCGGCCAUGUCCUGCCUCUUUGUUGUUGCGUGGAGAAGUCAGCCCUCAUCACCUGUGUUCUCGUCGUCACAAGACAACACACCCUUCAGGAGUCUACUGCUGCACCUGUGUCUCAGGUAUCAGGAGAGAGGGAGUUAAACGCUCACACUUUACAGCAUCUGAAGGACUACAGAUUGAUUUGUGGAUUUCAUCAUAAAGCCCUCUCGCCCCAUGAGACUCGUCACAUCAUGAGAUCACGUAACCUAUUCCUGCUGGUCUACUUUCUGUGGAGCUGCUCCGCAGAGGCAUCGAGUUCACAAAGAAAGAAACUCUGCACUUCAAAUGAAACAUGUGGUCAGGAGCCGAAUUCCACCUCACACUUUCUCCAGUGUGUGGGAUUGCCAGAGACAGACACAGGAAAAGACCACUUGCACAGGCUGAAAGGAAUGCUUGAAGCGACUAUGGAUAUAUACACCUUCAUGAGAUCCAGCAUGUCAGGAGUGCCGCUUCUCAGCCUGCAGGGAGCGCUGGAAUUAAACCCCCUAGCAGACCCUUAUGAGAACAAAGACCUGGUCAACAUGUGGUUGGAGGUCAAGAUGAAGCCGCUGUUGAAAUCCAUCAGCAAACACUUCCUGUCCUGCCUGAGUACUAAGAACUUCAGCUGCUCCACCUACCAGACUGUGGUGCAUGAGCUCAGCCAAUAUUACUCUGAGAUGGAGCCAGUCAGACAAAAGUGGAUCUACACAUUCUUCAUGUACCCGUUUCUAUCUGGACCCAGAGUGGCUGGUUGUGUGAGUAGGGAGGAGGGCAGCGAGGAGUGGUUAAUGAAGAAUUUUGGCGCCUUCAAAGCCAUGGCCAGAAUGGAGGACCUUUCCAAACUCAACAUGGUCUUCAGUGGACUUGAGGUUCUUCACCUGCUGUCUCAAGCGCAGAAGGCAGAUUUGCUUCUUCAGCCUGAGGUUGCAAGUUUGGACAAUGGCACGCUCACCCUGAUCUUCCACAGUUUAAUGACGGGGGGCCCCGGUCCUCACCCAACAGCUCCUCCUGGAUGGGGCAACAACUGGACGACUCCUGGAUACCCUCCCAGCUAUGCUCCAAAACCCACACAUGAUGCUUACCGACCACCAUCCCCACAACACCAACUCAGAGAGGUUGCACAGGGGUUCAUGGCUGUCUUCAAACCCAUCGGAAGCUUCGUUCAUGACUUUGUCUCUGUGGUACAUGAGAGACACGAGUCACACAUGACAAGUACCACCCUGACUCAGUUCCUGCUAAACUGGACUCUGGGUGAGCUGGCAGACAUUUACAGGACAGAAGAAAUGCCCCUUCUUCCACCAAGUCCAGAGUUUGACGUCACAAAUGUAGAGGACUGGUACCAGCAGAUCGUGAUGCCGCUGUUACUGAGGUUCCUGCCAGACGGAGACUACCUGGAACACCACAGCAUCAAAAUGGCCUUCCAUGAAGUCUUCUACCUGGACCACGGCAUGAACAAUGACACCUCUGAGGUCCCAGAUGUCUGCAGCAUCACCCUUGAUAGGAGCCCUUGUGGGCUGACUGAUGCAGUGGAAAAUGUGGCCCACAUUAUGCAAUGUGCCGCCCGUACCCACUUUGAUCUGUCAGAGAAGACGAUCGAGAGCUUGAUGGUGGAGCUGUUAAAACGUCUGAACUCACUGAUCAAAGAGUUGUCCAAAGCUAACUUCCAUGAUUUGGCAAAAGAUUUCCAUGAGAUCUUCCGCCAGCCAGAGUCUCCAGCUCUGACCCAGGAACACCUGAAUGACCCAGAGUUCAUCAAGCUCUGGUUCCAGCUCAAACUGAUGCCCCUCCUGCCCGAAGUACCCACAGGCCUCCUGUCCUGCCUCAGCACCAAAAACUUCUCCUGCCCAGUUUUCCAGACCAUUGUGGCAGCACUCAGCGACGAAAUGAGUUUCAUGCAUGCUGAUCCAAUGUACAGUCACAACAUCUAUGAGCACUUCAUCUUCCCCUUCCUGCUGCACCACAACACCUCUGACCCUCAGUGUGUUGCCUCAGCCAAUGGCAGUGCAGAAUGGCUGCAGGAAAACUUUGGUGACUUUUCAAGAUUUGCCUCCAUCACUGACUUCUACCAGCUCAACCCGAUCUUCUCUGGACUGGAGGUCCUCGACCUCCUGACCCCCAAACAGACUGCAGAGUUGCUGCUCUUGCCUCUUCCCACUCCACCUGAGAAAAAUGUUGUCAUCGACGGAGUGUUUCACUUUCUAUUGGAGUCACCUGAGGAGUUACCGAGAGUCCUGCACUACCUGGUCGAGCUCGCCGAGGAGGUUGAUGUACCCUGCAGAACCUACAUACAGAUUUUCGAGAAAUUGUACGAGGCCAUCCCAUUACUGCCAACACGCUUUGAGCCUGUCACCUGGGAAACCAUAAAUGACCUGAUAGACAUCGCACCAAAAGAUUGUGUGCCCAACAACAUCACGUGUCCAGUAACGCACUUCAAUGAUGCUCUGAUCUGCAGAGGAUUUAACAGCUCCAACCUCCACUCUUACAUGAACUCAUCAAUGGAAGUGUCCUGCAGCAUUCCUCUGGAGGCAUACGCAUGUGCAAAGCUUGAGAACUUCACCGCCCAUCAGCUGGUGUCUCUCCUGAAGUGCGAUCUGCCCGGGAACAGCAGCCACUCUAAAAUGCUUUGGAAGAUGCUGCUGACUAAACUAUCCAACAUCUUGGACCCAGCUCUGGACAUAUUGGCAAGCAUGAACAUGUCCAUGGUUAUCCCGUCAGCCAGAGAGGUUCUGGAUGUGAUCGGAGAGAUCAGAGUGUCGAUGCUGACAGAUGAGGAGCUCAUGAACAGCAGCGUCAUCAUGAAGUGGUUCUCAAACCGCCUGAGCGCGUUCCUGCCGUUUGCCUCGCCAAGGUUUCUGGACUGUGUGAGCAACAGGAACAUCAGCUGUCAGUCAUACCAACUGAUACUGCAGCAGUUCAUCAAGCGUUUUGAUGAGAUGUCCACAAACCAACGACACGUGGUCCUGAAGGAGUUCGUCCUCCGUUUCCUGUCACAUUCAGGUCCGAGCUGUGUGUCCCUCUCCAACAGCAGUAAGGUGUGGCUGAUGCAGAAUCUGGGACCGUUUUCUGCACUUUUGACCGUCUUUGACCUCAUUGGUCUCAACCCAACCUUCAGGCCUCUGGAGGUCCUUUCAGUCCUGACUCCAAAGCAGAUAGCAGAGCUGCUGGUGUUGGGUCUUCGUCCGGAGGAAGAACUCAUCAAUCUGCUUUUUGAUCACCUGUCUGACUCUAACCCAGACGAUUUCGUAGAGUUCCUGAGGCACCUCGUCUUCUUCAUUCAAGAUGGAAACCUCUCCUGUUCAUCAUACAGAACACUGUUCACCAGACUGGACUUGGCUCUGGGCACAGCUCACCCUGAUGUAGCAUCCUUCAUCACAUACACCAAAGUGAAUUUAUCCAAGCACAUACCAGCAGAUUGCAUCAUCUACAGUGGACAGUGCAACUUCACCAUGACAAACGAAACGGACAUCUGUGUCGGAGUGAACAGCACGAUGCUGCAGCUCCACCUCAGCAGCGGACAGAUAAAUGGACGUGUCUGCGACUUUGAUCUGGAGGAAUAUGCAUGUGCUUCGCUGUCAGAUUUAAAAGCCGAGGAUCUGACAAUGUUGCUGACAUGUAAUCGCUCCUCUCACUCAAGUGGCUCCAGAUCAAUCUGGAAGCUCAUCCUCUCCAAAGCCUCUCACGUGCUGGAUGAAGCUCUGAAUCAUCUGAUCAACAUGACUCUGGACCCCAGAAACCCUGCAGUGUCCAUGAUAUUGGACUCCAUACGAGAAAUCCGAUUGGACACACUCAGUCCGGCUGGCAUCAAUAAUCCCUCCCUCAUCCAGCUGUGGUUCAACCGCCGGCUCCGCCCAUUCCUGCCUGCUGUGACCCCUGACUUUCUGUCCUGUCUGGUCACAAGGGGUUUGAGCUGCAGCACCUUCCAGCACCUGGUGCAGAUUCUGAGCAGCCUCAUGCCGCACAUGUCACCAUCCACGCAGAUGACUGUUUACACUCACUUCAUUGAGGGUUUCCUGACCAUGAAUGACACAGCAGACCCCGGCUGCAGAUUGGGUAUCAACAACAGUCAAGAAUGGGUGCAGAGGAACUUGGGAACUUUCGCCUCCUUUGCAUCUGUCGAGGACAUUCAAAGACUUUACCCCGACUUCUCACCGAUGGAAGCUUUGGAACAGCUGUCAGUGGAACAGCUAGCCGAAGUGGCCGCCGCACCUGGACGGCUCACUUCCGCUGCGCAGGUUAACAGGGUGAUGUCUCACGUCCCAGACAGGGACUUGGACACCUUUUUUGAUGACUUCUCACCUGCUUUAAUGGCUCAUGGGAACAUGUUUCCCCCUGACGCGAGGUCAGCUAUGCUGCAAGUCGUGUAUGAUCGUGCAAAUCUCUCGAGUCCCUCAGUCAGGGAUUCAGAAGUGUUGGUGUGGCUCCACAUCCGAAUGACCCCCCUGCUGGUCAACAUGCAAAGUCGCCAUGUCUCACUGUACUUCUUAAUAAUAGCUGGAAGAAGCUGCAAUGUCCAACAGCAGGGAGUGGAGAUCCUGAAUCAAACAAUCUCAACUUUCAGUAACAUUACGCAGGAAGAGGUCCACAACCACAUCAUCCAGUCUCUAAGAGGACCGAGACCUCUGGAGUGCUACAGUCAAAACACCAGCUUCUUCACUUUCCUCCAGCUUUCAUUCUUACAAUUCCGGUUCCCCAACCUGACCACCUUCCAGACUCUCCUCCCACACAACAUGGAGCACCAGCUGGUGAACUCCAUAUCUCCACAACAACUUGGGGAAUAUGUCCGUCACGAGGUUGUUGUCGACAGCAACACCGUGUUCUGUUGGCUCUUAGACGAGUACGAAGGGAUAGAGCUUUUCCUUGAGACAGUGUAUCUUCCAGAGGAUCUGCAACGGCUCACACUGUUCUGCGUCUGGCCCAACGCUCUCCUGAACACCAACAGGACAGAGGUCGACCGCUUCUUUGACCAAAGCCUCAGCAAUUACACAAACUUCCUCACGAUCGAUCAGAUCAGCCCUGGGAUCACACACAACGCCUCCUGCCUCGCCUUCCAAAAAGUUGUUCUAAUUCUUACUCGAUUCAACUUCAAUGGUGCAGACUUCACAACGUCAGAUGUGUUCAUCACCAUCAGGGAUUACCUCACCACAGAUUCAUCCCCAAGGUGCUACGAUCCCACCAACCCAGAUCUGAGCUCUACAGCCUGGUUUGUGCUGUACAUGGGCCCUUUCAUGUCUCACCUCACUCUGCAGGAUCUGGAGAAUUUUGGAUCUUCAGAGGUGAUCCAGCAGUUCACAGUGAACCCCGAGAACAUCGCCCUCCUCCGAGAAACCCCCUUACCUGCCAAUGUCACCAAUUACUACAUCCAGCUGAUUUAUCUGCAGGACAUUAACUUCAACCCCUUACAACUUCCUGCAGAAGGCUUCUGUGUUGCUCCUGGUCCAGCGUUCAGCCAGCUGACUGAAGCACAGAGUAUAACAGUUCUGCACAAUGUGACCAAUAUCUGUACAGACCUGGACCCUCAGAUUUCUGCAGCCUUGGCGGGUAACCUUGGGAAUAACAUUGAUGCCACUAGCAUUGCUGCCCUCGGCAAUGAAAGCACCGGCUUGUCCACGGGUCAGAUCCAGAUGAUAGAUCCUCAGGCACUUUUAGCUUCUCUUUCCACUCUCAGUACAGUGCAGGACUGGAAUCAAGGGCAGGCCCGGGCCAUUAUCAUCGCUCUGGUGUCUUCAGGGAGAAUGCAGAUCAACAACGCCUCAGCAUUGUUAAUGCUGGGUUCUCUUGUCACGGGUAUCUCCUCUGCAACUUAUGGGAGCAUCAGCGGCACAGAGCUUAUCGCAGCUGGUCAAAGUUCUUCAUUUGUGACACACUUAAUCUCUGCUCCAACUACUGUCCAACAUCAAUUUGUAACUCAGAUCAUACAAGUAAACAGCAACAGUGAGAACAUCAUUGAGAACGUUCCUGAUGAAGUGGCCACAGAGAUCCCCCGUAUUCAUCUGACCAGCCUCACCAGUAGCACCAAAGUGAUCCAGAUAGUCAACAGGAAGAAAUGGAGACGGGAGCAGGUUGAGUUGUUCUUUUCUGAAAUAGCCACUGAACAAUCAACUACAGAGGUGGGAGGUACAGACAACUUGUCCUCUUCAGUGCUCCAAGGGUUCACAUGUACCACAGUGGAGGGCAUUCCAAAGAAGCAGAUCAGGAGGCUGAUCAGAGCCUGUCGGAGGAGGGGCAGUAACAGGGUCAACCUGGACGAGACACAGCUGACCUGCAUGUACAACCACAUUCGAGGAGAAGCAGAUGCCAACAAUUUCAAUGAGCUCCCUCACGAUAUGCUGCUGUACUACGAUUACACCCAGGUGCCAAGGAGCAGCUGCAGGUCGUACUUUCAAGAGCUGGCAGAGGCAGACUUCUCUGUCAUCUCCUCCGCCCUUGGCUUCGUACGGACGAACCUGUUUGAUAAUGCCAGGACCUGCCUGGGCAUUACAAACACAAGCUUGACAAAGGAUAACAUAGCUGUGUUGGGGAACAUGUGCUGUACUCUGGAUGCUUCCUACAUUGAGAACUCUGACCCAUCCAUCUUGGAACAACUGAAAGGCUGCUCAGACCUCAGUACAAGUCAAGGAGCUGCAGUCGAAACUCUUCUGCGGAGCGGGAGAACACAGUUUGGAGCUCCAACAACAUGGAAUCAGGACACUCUGACAGGCCUCGGCAUAUUAAACUUGUAUUUACCUUCAAGCUUCUAUGAUGCCUUCGACAAGAGAACAAAGAGGAUUUUCCUUAGAUUCUUCCAGAGAGUACUAAAGAGAAAUAGAGUGGGCAGACAGAGGAGGAGGAGGUUCAAGCGACAAAUAAGGAUUUCCAUUAGAUCACAGUCAAAGCGCGAGUCAGAAAUCCAUUGCACUGUUGGAAACAUCACCCAAGUGGCGAUAAGCGACGACGCGUUCCCCAUCGAUUACGAUGAAACACAGUUCAACAUCUGCCUCAGCCCUGCUGCCGUCAAAGAAAAUUUGGCUGCCAUCACUGAGAAGGUCGACCUGGAAGGCUUCUCCCGGACUGUUCUAAAAAAGCUGAAUGCGGCUUAUGCUGAUGGCUUCAUCCCAGAGAGUCAGGUUCAGCUUUUGGGCCCAGUGUCCCGUUUUGCCACUACUGAUGAAAUCAGCAAGUGGAAUAUCACUCAAAUCGACACACUCGCUUUCUUGAUGGACACUUCAGACGGGAACGGGGAUUGGGACCCGGUGCUGUCGAAAACAAUCAUCAUCAAAUAUCUGCGUGUGGAAGGGAACACACUGGGCAGUGCUGAGCUCAACUCCAUCGGAGGACCGCAUCUGUGCACGCUGGACGUAAACGUGCUGAACAAUAUUACCCAGCAAAGCAUCAGAGACGCAAAUGCUCUGACUAUAUCCAACUGUACCUUGGAAAAAAAGCAGACUUUGUUCAACACCGCCAGACAAGCAUUUGCCACAAACACCCGAGCAACAGCUGUCACCCCCAACACCUACCAGCUCAUAAAGUCAUACACAGGGGGUGCUGAUUUAGAUUAUGUCCAAGGUUUGGCAAUCUCAGGUAUCAACAUGGACCUGGCUACCUUCACUGCUUUGGAUGAGAAUGUAAUACAGGACCUGACUGUUACUAAUGUCAAAAACCUUCUUGGCACCAACUUGCCAGAACUGAAGUCUUACGAAAACCAGACAGUGGUACAGAACUGGGUUCGUAGCCAGUUCCAAACAGAUAUUGACACACUUGCUAUUGGGCUGAUAGGAGGCAGGGCUGGCUCCACCAGCUCUCCUUCCACUUCCAACCCUGCAGCCACCACCGCGGCUGGAGCCACCACCAAACCUGGUGCCACCACCACAGCUGCAGCCACCACUAAAGCUGGAGCCACCACCGCAGUUGCAGCCACCACCAAACCUGGAGCCACCACCGCGGCUGGAGCCACCACCAAACCUGGAGCCACCACCGCGGCUGGAGCCACCACCAAACCUGGAGCCACCACCGCGGCUGGAGCCACCACCAAACCUGGAGCCACCACCGCAGCUGGAGCCACCACCGCAGUUGCAGCCACCACCAAACCUGGAGCCACCACCGCGGCUGGAGCCACCACCAAACCUGGAGCCACCACUGCAGCUGGAGCCACCACUGCAGCUGGAGCCACCACCAAACCUGGAGCCACCACUGCAGCUGGAGCCACCACUGCAGCUGGAGCCACCACCAACGCUGCAGCCACCACCAACGCUGCAGCCACAACCAACGCAGCAGCCACUACCGCAGCUGCAGCCACCACCAAACCUGCAGUUGCCACCACCAACUCCACUACAGGUGGCAGUGGUGACCGCGUACGAGCAGACCCUGGCCUCUCCUUGCUUGUUCUUCUCACGCUCCUCUUCGCCUCUCAGCACAUUCUCGCAUGAAGAAACACAGAUUGAGAUUACUGAGAUGUCUCCACUCACAGAAGGAAAAGUGUUAAAGAGAUGAUGAUGAUAAUGAAGAUGAUGAAGAUGAUGAUGGCGCAGCCCGUCAAGGUUACCUCAAAUCAAAAGUAAUGCUAAUGCUUCCUGGGGAGAAAGUGCAAUUUAUGUACAACAUCAUAGCAGUUUAUGUAAAUAAUGUUUUCUCCUUAAUUUACAAGUAUCUACACUGUGAAACCUUUUCACUGCUAACUUGAAGGCUCAUUUAUUCACUUGUCUUUUUCCUGCUGUCUUAUUCUAUUGGUAGUCCCUUUUUUUAAAACUCUUAACCCAUCUGACACGACAUCUUUGUUGUAGGUCAUAAAAUUGAUGCAAUUCAAGUUGUUUAACACAGAAUAUCGGUCAGUUGACACAUCUCUUAAUACUUCUUCUUAUAUCACAUCAUCCCAUAAAUAAGAAUCUUUUUUUAUUCCUCAACUAAGUUGGAAGUUUAUUUGUUAUUACAUGCUGGAGCUAAAAGCUGCAGCAAUUUUAUGUUAUAUUAUAUUUUAUCAAAAAUGGACACACUGGACUUCCAAACAUGAAACAAUUAGUGGUAAAAAAUAAAGGCAAAAUUGUUGAAUAGACCAAUGAAUACGAACGUGUCGUUGUUGUUCUGUGAUCGACUUAUUUUACUCUUAAUAAUCAAACAUUAACUUGUGUUUUGUAAGACUUGUUUGAUAUUGAGCUGGAUUUGUCUGAAACUAUCUGGCGUACAUCAUGCAGUAAAUGUCUGUGUUAAGAGUUUAGAAAAUGUGUCUUGAGUAUGGAAACUUCUUCACACUUGUAAACUACUGUGACAGAAUAAUGAAGGUGGAAGUUUCUGCUGUAUCUGAUUUCCUGUAAUUGUAUGUAACUAUGUUUUAAGAAGCACUUAUUUUAGACAGGCUUACCUUGAAUAAUGAACUGCAUGCCUGGAGAUGUAUGAUUCUUAAUAAAUGUACUUGUGUGUAGUCGCACAAUCAA